GAAAGAUCCCACCAGCCAACCCAGCUCCGCCACUGCUGCAUCCAUCCAUUCAUUUUUAUGGUCACUAACAGCCUAUCCCGGUAGUGGAAGGKGCAAAGAAGUGGGAGGCAGGGAGAGAGAUAGAGAGAGAGAGAGAGAUCCGGACGGCGAGAAUGGCCGAGAGAAAGAGGAACUGGAAUAAAGAAGAUGACCUGCCUGUGUAUCUAGCUAGGCCGGGCACGACAGCCCAGACACCGCGGCAGAAAUACGGGGGAAUGUUCGCCUCCGUGGAGGGGGCCUAUGAGAACAAAACCAUCGACUUCGACGCCUACAGCGUGGGGAAGAAGGGGUCCCGGACCCCGCGGAGCGGCAGCCGUCACGACAUGUUGGACGGAGGGGACAACUACAGCGAGACCGCCAGCGACAUCAGCGAGAUCUCCGGCUCCGUCAUCAGCUCCCCGGGAGACCGGGACGACAAGACCCCGGGCGUGGAGAUCAAAUACCCGAUGGGGAAGGAGCUGCUGCAGGGCCAGGACAAUGGACAGAGUGACCGACUGCUCAUUAAAGGUGGAAGAAUUAUCAAUGAUGACCGCUCCUUCUAUGCAGACCUGUACCUUGAAGAUGGACUUAUAAAGCAAAUAGGAGAGAAUCUGAUUGUCCCUGGAGGAGUCAAGACCAUAGAGGCUAAUGGGCGCAUGGUCAUUCCUGGGGGAAUAGAUGUCAACACUUACCUACAAAAGCCCUACCAAGGGAUGACUGCUGUUGAUGACUUCUAUCAAGGCACAAAGGCAGCGCUAGCAGGGGGCACCACCAUGAUCAUUGACCAUGUGCUUCCAGAACCUGGAUCAAGUUUACUGACCUCCUUUGAGAAGUGGCAUGAGGCAGCUGAUACCAAAUCCUGUUGUGAUUACUCUCUCCAUGUGGACAUCACCAGCUGGUAUGAUGGGAUUCGAGAAGAGCUGGAAGUGCUGGUGCAAGACAAAGGUGUGAACUCUUUUCAAGUCUACAUGGCGUACAAAGAUCUCUACCAAAUGUCCGACAGCCAGCUUUAUGAAGCCUUUACCUUUCUAAAGAGUCUUGGGGCUGUUAUCCUGGUCCAUGCUGAAAAUGGAGACUUGAUAGCUCAGGAACAAAAGCGUAUUCUGGAGAUGGGAAUCACUGGACCUGAGGGACAUGCCCUGAGCAGGCCAGAAGAGCUUGAAGCAGAAGCAGUUUUCCGUGCCAUCACAAUUGCCAGUCGAAUAAACUGCCCAGUGUACAUCACCAAAGUGAUGAGCAAGAGUGCAGCUGAUAUCAUUGCACUGGCCAGGAAGAAAGGUCCCCUUGUUUUUGGAGAGCCGAUCACUGCCAGCUUGGGGACAGAUGGGACACAUUACUGGAGCAAAAACUGGGCCAAGGCUGCAGCUUUUGUGACCUCACCAUCWCUGAGCCCUGAUCCUACCACUCCAGACCACUUAAAUUCACUCUUAGCAUGUGGGGACCUGCAGGUGACGGGAAGUGGACAUUGCGCCUAUAGCACUGCCCAGAAAGCCAUUGGAAAGGACAACUUCACUAUGAUUCCUGAAGGGGUCAAUGGAAUUGAGGAAAGGAUGACUGUUGUCUGGGACAAGGCUGUAGCCACAGGCAAGAUGGACGAGAGCCAGUUCGURGCUGUCACCAGCACCAAUGCUGCCAAAAUCUUUAAUCUGUAUCCAAGAAAAGGCCGGAUUGCUGUAGGAUCGGAUGCUGAUGUUGUUAUUUGGGACCCUGAUAAGGUGAAGACUAUAACAGCCAAAAGCCAUAAAUCGGCCAUUGAGUACAACAUCUUUGAAGGAAUGGAGUGCCAUGGUGCCCCCCUCGUGGUCAUAAGCCAAGGGAAGAUUGUGUAUGAAGAUGGAAAUCUGCAUGUAAAUAAGGGAAUGGGUCGCUUCAUCCCUCGCAAACCUUUCCCUGAAUAUCUUUACCAGCGUGUCAAAAUCAGGAAUAAGGUGGGAGGAUUGCAAGGAGUCUCCAGAGGAAUGUAUGAUGGGCCUGUGUAUGAAAUCCCAGCUACACCAAAAUAUGCAACUCCUGCACCCUCAACUAAAUCCUCCCCUGCCAAAAACCAGCCCCCACCAAUCAGGAACCUCCAUCAAUCUAAUUUCAGCUUAUCAGGAGCUCAGAUUGAUGACAACAACCCACGCCGCACUGGCCACCGCAUCGUGGCACCUCCUGGUGGGCGCUCUAAUAUUACCAGUCUUGGCUGAAAAAUGAUGGACAGAAACACAAGGAUGAAGGAUCAUGGGAAUAAUGUCCAUUCCAUUCAAUAUCUGUGUUAUCAAGCCCACAGUUUUAUUUGGUACUAAUGGAAAUAAAAAA